CUGCAGUGGUAGCUGGGGCUCCCAAGAAUGACUCGGGAAUGUCAUCUCCAUCUUCACCCUUGAGAGAGCAGUCCUUUCUCUGUGCAGCUGGAGACACUGGUGAGCAGAGCCGGGUCCAGGUUCUUAAGAAUGAGGUCAGGAGGGGCUCUCUGGUACUGCUGGGCUGGGUUGAGCAAGCCUGUACAAACAAGUGUGCGUGUGGACCAUCCGCACCUCCAGCCCCCACCCUACCCUCUUUGUCUCAGCGUGUUAUGUGCAAUGACCUAUUUAAUAAGAUAAACUCAUUCCAACCACAGCAGUUCAGGGCUGAUCCAAGCACUGCCUCCCUCCUGCUCUGUCCAGGUAGCCUGGACCAUAAACUCAACUUGAGAGGGAAGACUUGGGGUUGAGGGCUUGUCAUCAGAAAAACUGAAGAUGGAAGUUUUGGCCAGUGGUCAUUAGACAUGAGUCCUCACUCUGUGUCCUGAGCCCAUGUCAUUCUUCUUCUUCCAACCUCCCUGCCCCCACACACUUAUCCCAGACACAACACCAUGUGGUCUGGAGGUCCCAUCCCCCACCCUAAAAAGGUUAUCCCUAACAACUCCACCAGACUUGGGAGCCCAAGGGCAGUGCCUGGUGCUGCUCCCAUCUGCCACCCCUCUUCUCUCCUGCAAUUGGUUUGUACUCACUGGACUGUGCUCUCCCCUGUUUACCCGAUGUAUGGAAAUAAAGGCCCUUUUCCUCCUG